AUGGCAGGGAUAUCAACGUCUCGACGGGACGUAAUCGCAUCGCCGAUCCACUCAUUUGCGACAGGCCUCAGACACGCCAUCGGCCAUUCGCUGGGUCGCCGGAAGGACGACGAAUGUCAUCCCCAGCCGGGUGUCGAUCUCUGUGAGAAGCCCGCCAUCUCGUCCAACUCCACGACGUGGGUCAUUGUUGGCGUCAUUGUCGGCUCCCUUAUCUUUCUCGCCCUCUCCAUCCUUGUCGUCCUGCACUUCCGCCGGCGGAGACAAGACAAGCGUGAGGACAUGGAAGAGCGCUUCCAGCCGAGCGAUUACGGUUUAGAUGACAUCCCAUCGACCACGCGCAAGAAGCAUUUCGCAGCAAGCGCGGACGAUGUCUCGACGACUACCUCGCCCGCCGGCUAUCCCCGGCGCUCACGCGAUCCGUUGCAGUCCGCGACCGAUCUGAAGUCUCCUCCUCCUGGGUACCACGGUAAUGGGAAUGGCAACGGAUAUUUGAAUCCGUUCGAUGAUGCGUCCUCGUUCAGGUCUGGCACCGGCUCGUCUUAUCCGCCUAGUCGGCGGGGGGAGAAGUGA